AUGUAUCGCCGUAGGCUACAUACAACUACUUUGGUUGUGUCAAAAGGUCUGUUGUCCGAACCAGGUAGAUCUUAUGGUAGACAUACAAAGCGAUAUCAUACAGAACCAGGUAGAUCUUGUGGUAGACAAACACAGCGAUAUCAUACAGAACCAGGUAGAUCUUAUGGUAGACAUACACAGCGAUAUCAUACAGAACCAGGUAGAUCUUAUGGUAGACAUACACAGCGAUAUCAUACAGAACCAGGUAGAUCUUAUGGUAGACAUGCACAGCGAUAUCAUACAGAACCAGGUAGAUCUUAUGGUAGACAUACACAGCGAUAUCAUACAGAACCAGGUAGAUCUUAUGGUAGACAUACACAGCGAUAUCAUACAGAACCAGGUAUAUCUUAUGGUAGACAUACACAGCGAUAUCAUACAGAACCAGGUAGAUCUUAUGGUAGACAUACACAGCGAUAUCAUACAGAACCAGGUAUAUCUUAUGGUAGACAAACACAGCGAUAUCAUACAGAACCAGGUAUAUCUUAUGGUAGACAUACACAGCGAUAUCAUACAGAACCAGGUAGAUCUUAUGGUAGACAUACACAGCGAUAUCAUACAGAACCAGGUAUAUCUUAUGGUAGACAUGCACAGCGAUAUCAUACAGAACCAGGUACAUCUUAUGGUAGACAUACACAGCGAUAUCAUACAGAACCAGGUACAUCUUAUGGUAGACAUACACAGCGAUAUCAUACAGAACCAGGUAGAUCUUAUGGUAGACAUACACAGCGAUAUCAUACAGAACCAGGUACAUCUUAUGGUAGACAUACACAGCGAUAUCAUACAGAACCAGAUCUUGAUAUAUAA